CCUCUUCAGCUGAAUUAAUUACAGUCAAAAAUGGCAGCCUACAUGGGACAUGCCGAAUGCUGAGCCGAGUCGAUGAACUAAUUUUUUACUCAAAAUAAAUGUUUCAAGAACCAUGGCUGUUGCAGAUAUUACGGCACACCUUAGGAGGACAAUAAUAAGCUUUAGAAAUACUAAAAGAUUCGACACAAUAUGUAGAAUCAAUCAAGUUCGAGCUGUCUCAACAUCCCUCGCCAUGUCAAACUCGGCUGCCAGCGGGAGAAGCGGACACCAGGUCGGGGACCGGGCCCCGAGCAGUACUUCGAUGUUGCCGAGAAGCCCGAUGCACUUUUCAAGGGGUCUGGCAUCCAGAGCUCAUAUGAAGUACAACAAGAGGAAAAAAGAGCCAGUGGAUCGAUUCGGUGGAUUGGACCCUGCCCAGCCCAGAUUGGGUUUUGAAAAAGUCAAGGAAUUAGAAACAGCCAAUGAAAAUGUCAAGAAGCUUUUCAGCUUGGACUUUGGAACAGGGAAUGAUUUACAUAAUAUGAGGAGGAAGCUCUCACAGGACUUUGUCCGAGACAAACCAGAUGAGAAAGAUGACCUUGCUGUCAAAAUUGCCACUAUUACGGAGCACAUCAGGGCCCUGGCACCACAUGUGGAAAACAACAAAAAGGAUUCGGUCAACAAAGUGCGGAUGCUGAAUGCGAUAGACCGCCGCCGGAAGAUGCUCAAGUACCUGCGGAAGCGGAACUACGAGCGCUUUGAGCGGCUCCUGGUGGAGCUGAAUCUGACCUGGACCCCUCCUCCAGAGUUCUACAGGAGGAAGACCAGGCGCUCCAUGGAGAAGAAGGCCACAGUCCAGGAGGCCUAUGCCAAGCGGACGCUGGCUCUGAAGGAGUUUGAGACGAGGUGGAGGCAGGAGCAGCUCCUGGAGAUCGCUCAUUUGAAGGAGGAGCUCGGGAAGGAGCUGACUGAGGAGGAGCAGGGUCUGCUGACAAAGAGCAGGGAGGAGACGACUGUGUAGCUUGGAAGAGGAGCCAUCUUGAUAGCUGGACUUUAGGGAAAGGACUGUGUGUGAAGGAGAGGGAGUGUAUGAAUAAACUUUGAAAUAUUACAUAAUCACUGAUAGAUUGAGAUAGAUUGACCUGGGAGUGAUCAGUGUAACUUAUCACAAAUUGUCAUCAGUGUUUUCAUCGGCCUUUUAUAGGCAAUUGAUUUCAAGCCCAAAAUGAAAUUCAACUGGUCCGAUUAGGUGAAGCUGUCAGGUCUGAAAACUGUUAAACACAAGGAGAACGUAUCAUUAAUUCUAGUUUUUACUUCGAAGUACCAGAAAAAGUUUCCCAAAUGUAUUUGGGACUUUGUAGUGUCACUGAGCAAAACAAAGAGAAAGGAAGUAUGGCUUGGAUUUUUGACAUUCAGCUUAGACAUUUGCUUGAAGCAUGCAUCUUGUUUGCAUUAGUUUUUUCCUAAUACUUUGCACACUCUUUGCAAGUCAUUACAGAAAUCCUCUGUUGAAAGCCAAAAGGGCGUUAAAUCUACAUAAACUAUAUAGGCCAAUGCUCUUUUUGCUCUCAGCAAAGGAAAUGGAGGUAUAGUGUUAUCUAGAGUUAUAAUGAUAACACGAUAUUGUUGCUUUGAUUACAGAAAGAAAGUAAACUUAACACUGAAUUUUACAAGAUGAACUGCUCAGGUUAAAUUGAACAUUUGCAGCAAUCUGGGUUAUGUUGAUGCCCAGAAUCUAAGUCUGGAUUUCCUAAAAUUCCAUGAAGGUGCUCAUGUAUAAAGACCAUCAAUUAUAAUUCCAGAUCAAUUAUGGAAAUAAAUUACACUGUAGUGUGACACCAUCUAACUGACUGUUGGUUUUAGUUAAUUAUGUAAAAAAAAGCUGAUUAAUAUGCAAAAUAAAAUGAGAGGAAAUCAAAUUUGUUAUCUUCACUGCAUGCAUGACAUGCAGUCUCUCAACUUGAGUAGGUUAUUUGUGUUUUUCAGUCAUUUAGAAUAUCACCACAUCUGUUGAAAGGUAUUUUGCAUCCUCUCCAAUAUCAGCCCAUCUACUGCUUCAUAAACAAACCAGAAAUAAUUUAAUCCAGUUUCUCUUGUAUAUGCAAUCCACUUCUUUGUAGGACUCAAAGACUCGACAGGAUUCCUUGCUCUAGAUUUGUUUGUCUGUUCUUGGAUAAUAUAGUUAUUAUCAAUAAUGUUGAGCAAAGAUGCAUUAGAUGAUACUCCAUAUAUAGAAGUAUUAAAGACAAAAUACAUUUGUUUAAUACA